UCCUUCUCCAUCAUUAGUUACUUCAUCUCGUCCUAAAGUACCUCACCAAGCCACUGUCAUGUUUAAUGGAUCCUCCUCCUUCACUCAAGACACCAUCACAUUAUCAUACACUGACCCCGCCCACUGACACUUCACCUCACAAAUCACUAUCAUCACAAUCCCCAGCAUCACUUCUCUCACCCUCACCCUCACUUAUAUCAUCUUCCGUUCACAAUAUCUCACCAAACGCUAAGAAAACCCUCACUCCUGGAAAAACCUUAUCUAUCGAUACUAAAGAGAUGGACAAGAAGAUACUAGAACAAGAAGAACUCCUAGAGAAGGAAAGAGCUCAUUUACAAAAGCAGAUCAGUUUAUACCAGAAGACGCUGCAGGAUAAGACAGAGGAUGAAGAUGUUGAUCUAUCAAAGCAGCUGGAUGAUGACAAAUGUAGAUUAGUGGAUCGUGUUAUCAAUGCUAACAUUAAUAAAAUGGCUACUAGUUUCUGGAAUGAUGAAUACAGAGCUACCUUAGGAAACAAAGCUAAAAAAUAUGAUUCAAGUCUUCUUUUAAAUGAACUUAAGACUGAAGAGAGUUUGCUCAAACUUCAAGUUGAACUUUUCUCAUAAUAACAAAGAGAUCAGAGACAAUAACUAAAAGGUUUUAUAUUGACACCUUAUAGCUUUGUAUGUGUGUAGUAUUUUUGUCAAAUUAUAUUUCACUUAAACUUUGAAAUAGCAGAAAGAGACACAAGU